CUUUCCUUGUUUCCAUCAUUUUGCCACUGUUUACUUACUUCCUCCGCUUUCAAUUUAUAGUACUCGAUUUUAUCACUCUCAGAUAAUCAGUCUGUCUCAGUUUUCCCAAGAUUAGGGUUCUUCUGGGUUUUCAAUAUUGUUGAGGCUUCUGGAUUCUCUGAUGGAGAUUUCAGCUCCUGAGGUUCAACCUGGAGGUGAACCAGAAUCUAACAAAACCCCAAUUGGUAAUCAAGAGGAAAGGAAUGGAGAAAUUUCCUUGGUUCAACAGUCUAGGAGGCCAAACCUUUCCUCUUUACAGAUACCACAGAGGACUCUGGAAAGUAGUUUAUCAGCUUUUACGACGAUUGAUAUACCGUCUGGACAAAGUCCUAGUUCUACUAGAGCUGGGCUGCCGCCUAGACCACACUCAGCUAAGAUCAAAUCAAAUGUGAAAUAUCUUUUUCCUCAAAAGAGUUUUCGGGCAAAAAAUAUGACUCAUGAUGGCGAGAAGACCAUUCUCAUUCUACCAGAUACAGCUUCAUCUGAUGCUCCUUUGGAAAAGCCUACUACCUCGAGGUCUUUCUCACUUAAUAGGAUGUUCUUCUCUCCAACUUUUAAAGCAACACAUUCUUUACCAGUUACACCAAGUGCAAAUUCAGGUUCUGAGUCUGUGCAGGAUAGACAACCGGAAAGUCAUUCUGAUUUUUCUAAAUUUGAAGUUCAGCAGCAUAUGAUCCGCUCAUUUUCGGUUCCAGUAAAUGUAAAAACCAGGAGUUUAAGGCGGAUGGAUUCUGGAGGCAUAAUGCGUGUAAUUUCAACUCCACGUCCUGCUGUAGUUGAUGCUGCUUCCCUAAUUAGUGCCCCAGCAAUGGAAGCUGCUACUGAAGAUGCUGGUGAGGAUAUUCCUGAAGAAGAAGCCGUUUGCAGAAUUUGUUUGGUUGAGCUUGCCGAAGGUGGUGAUACUCUCAAAAUGGAGUGCAGCUGCAAAGGAGAGCUGGCAUUGGCUCACAAAGAUUGUGCAGUGAAGUGGUUUACCAUUAAAGGUAACAAGACAUGCGAUGUCUGCAGACAGGAUGUUCGAAACCUACAUGUAACACUACUCAAAAUACACAAUCCUCAAACUAUUGUAAGACGACCACCAACAAUACCCGAGCAGAGGGAAGUCGCUCGUUACAGGGUCUGGCAGGACAUACCAAUUCUUGUUCUGGUCAGCAUGCUUGCAUAUUUCUGCUUUCUGGAACAGCUUCUGGUAUCUGACUUGGGCCCUCGCGCUCUUGCCAUUUCCUUACCUUUUUCUUGUGUUUUAGGACUGCUUUCAUCCAUGAUUGCUUCAACAAUGGUAAGCAGGAGUUACAUAUGGGCCUAUGCAUCAUUCCAGUUUGCCAUCGUGAUCCUCUUUGCUCACUUAUUUUAUACUAUUCUUAAUGUAAAUCCAAUUCUUUCGGUCAUCCUUUCCGCUUUUACUGGCUUUGGGAUAGCUAUCAGCACAAAUUCUCUUCUAGUGGAGUAUCUUAGAUGGAAAGCAAGCAGGCAACUGGGAUCUUCUCAUCAACACACUAGCACUAUGAAUGAACAGCAGUUGCAGCACCAGCAGUGGCAGCGUGAAGAACAAUAUCACCGCCAUUACCAACAACAAAGAAGGCAGCGAUUGAGAGAAGAAUCUCAAAAUCAGUUACAACAGCAAGAGCAACAGCAGCAGCAGCAUCAACAACAGCAGCAGCAGCAGCAACAAUUGAAUGAAGGUCUAAAUUUGAAUGGUUCCUUGCGCAUAGACAUUGGACGCGAAACAUAGUUCAAAUAGGUUGAGCAAUUUUUGCAUCUUUAUAAGGUAAUUGGGUUUGCAUAAUUGGUUUCCUUAGCAGGUCCAAAGAGAAAAUACUCCUGGAAGUUCAGAGACACAUGGGAAUUAAUUUGACAAAAGGCAAUGGCAUAUUUUGGGAACACUAGAGUCAGAACUCUUAAGAGAUGGCUGACUGGAUGGUCGUUCCAAGUACUUAUAAGCCUUGUGUAUGACUAACCUGCCAACAAGUGAAAGCCGAUCGGACGCGAGGAGCUACUGCCAGUAGAGGCCGUCUUUCAAGAGAGUUUCAAAACUUGAACUAUCAGCUGACUUCAGUGGGUUCUGUCUUGUUAUUCACGAGACCGUUCUCUGGAAAGGAUUUUCAGUUUGCCUGCUUGGGAUGAAACUCUCUAUGAAUUGUCUGAUGAGACUAGUGAAGAUCUGUUAGCACGUAUUACAGUUCGUGAUUUCAAAGAAAGAAUUGGACGUGUGCGCAAGAAAAGUUCAUGAAACAUGUAUUGGAUAAUCGUGAUCAAUUUUUUUUUCAACUGUUUGUCAUUCAAUAGCAUUGCCAAAAAUUUUGCAAGAAAU